GGAGACUCGGCCCAAAAAGCGGCGCCCGUUGGAGGUGGCUGUGGCAGCCGAUGUGGCCUCAUGGAUGAGCUGGUACAUGACUUAGCCUCAGCCUUGGAGCAGACAUCUGAGCAGAAUAAACUUGGUGAGCUGUGGGAGGAAAUGGCCCUGAGCCCUCGGCAGCAGAGGCGGCAGCUUCGGAAGCGCCGGGGCCGGAAACGCAGGUCUGACUUUACUCACCUGGCAGAACAUACUUGCUGCUACAGUGAGGCCUCUGAAUCAAGUCUGGAUGAGGCCAUUAAGGAUUGUCGAGAAGUGGCCCCAGUCACCAAUUUCAGUGACUCUGAUGACACAACGGUAGCCAAACAGCACCCAGCUUUCAAUGCCAUAGUUAAGAAUAAGCAACAUUCUUGGCACAAAUCUGAUUUCUUUACUGAAAAUGCACCUUCACCACUCAGUUGCCAGCAGAAGGUGGCUGCCAGCCUUCAGAGAAGCCUGAAAGUUCAGACUGGAGCUGAGAGAGGCUGCCUGCUCAAGUCUACUAAGGAGCUGUUGUCCUGCUGGAAGGAGAAUACUCCCUGGACUUCAUCAGGCCAUGGGUUGUGUGAAUCAGCAGAAAACAGGACUUUCCUAAGCAAAACAGGAAGGAAAGAAAGAAUGGAGUGUGAAGCAGAUGAACAAAAACAGGGCUCUGAUGAGAACAUGUCGGAAUGUGAAACCAGCAGUGUGUGUAGCAGCAGUGACACUGGGCUCUUCACCAAUGAUGAAGGACGGCAAGGGGAUGAUGAACAGAGUGAUUGGUUCUAUGAAGGAGAAUGUGUUCCAGGAUUCACUGUCCCUAAUCUUCUGCCUAAGUGGACUUCUGAUCGUUGCGCUGAAGUAGAAAGAAUGGAUUCUGGACUGGAUAAACUUUCAGAUUCCACGUUCCUUUUACCUUCUCGACCAGCUCAAAGAGGAUACCAUGCUCGUUUGAAUCGUCUGCCAGGGGCUGCAGCACGAUGCCUCAGAAAGGGGCGAAGAAGGCUGGUUGGGAAGGAGUCCAGCAUAAGUACUCUGGGUACUGAGAGGAUAAGCCAUAUCAUCAGUGACCCCCGGCAGAAAGAUUUCUGGUUACCAUCAGCUGGGAAAAGAGAGCGAAAUCAGUUUAAUCCCCUUUCUCCUCUUUACUCCCUGGAUGUUCUUGCUGAUGCUUCUCAUCGAAGAUGUUCACCAGCACACUGCUCUGCCAGGCAGCCAAAUGUACAUUGGGGACCACCAUGUUCACGUGACAUCAAGAGGAAACGGAAACCUGUGGCUGCAGCAUCUCUAUCCAGCCCCAGUGCAGUUCACUUGGAUUCGAUGGAGCCAGCCACACCAGCAGCACAAGCCCAGAAGACUCCACACCCUGAGUGGUUGGUCAGGACCUCUGCCACAGAGAAAGCCACUGACUCAAUUACAGCUACAUUUUUUAAAAUGCCACAAGAAAAGAGUCCUGGAUGCAGCUAGAGAGCACUGUUCACCCACCUGGAGCUGACUUGGUGUUCAAAGAAGCAUUAGCCUUCCUAACAUGUAGUCCUUUCCAGUCUUUUUAUCACCGGGAUGGAUGACUCCUCACACAGCUGCAAACUCUUAGAAAAUCAUGUUGUGGGAAUCUUUUUUUUUUUUAAGCUAGUGAAGUAUUGAGGCAAAAAAAAAAAAAAAAGGUCAUUCUCAUCCUAUUAUGCCCCAUCUGGUACAUUAUUGCUAUCCCAUCAUUUACCUAUAGCUCCAUUUACAGAGCUGUUGCCUUUUUGCAGGUAUGUCUUUGUUCUUGAAAAACUGAUAACUGCUUUUGCAUACCUUUUGUGAAGAGCUUUUAAUAUCACUUGAUGAAGUCCCAAAUUUGCAGCCAGUUCCACAUUCCUAAAUGGAAUUGUGUUUGCAGGAGAUUAGGUUCACCUUGGAGCCAGGUCUUGAUUCCUUCAGAGUGCCAAUAAGCUGUAUCUGUCAAGUUCUAAAAAGAGACACCAGCAGUGUGGCGGUUGGGAACUUCAGUUUUUCUGCAGAUGAUCUAAUGGGAUCAGCAGCAUCUGCGUGGUACUUCACCUCAUCUUCAAAGUUUAUGUUUUAGUGAAAGAGGAUGUAUCCAUACUUAAAGAUGAGGAAGAUGGUUUAGGUGUACAGCAAACUUAAAAUAGUCAUGGAUUGUGUCUACUUCAUGUUACAGUGUAAGCCUUUAUGUUCUAAGUGGGACUUUAUUGCUAGUGUUAUAAGUCAGUAACCUAUAGCAGAAAUUUAUACUCUAUUAUAAUUAUGGCUUCUCGGGGCCAUACUUUGGUGAGAAAAAGUGUCUUUUUGACAUACCUUUAUAGUUGGCGUGUUUAUGACGGUUCAGCUGCAUGCAGAGAUAGAUAUACAGUCGUGCCUGAAGUUGGAAGCUACUUUGUCAAAAUGAGGAAUAAGUGAUUGCCUAGAGCUGCUGGGGAAAAGCCACACUUUCUCAAAAAGUAUUAUCAAAAGUGUCAUUCAGGAGCCUGGUUGACAGAAGGGCUCUUUUUUUUGUACGAAUUGAGUGUUUUUACUCUGAAAUACAUGGAGACUGUUUGUUAAAUGCUCACUGCUAUGGUCACAUGGGAGAGGAGCAUCCAUCCACCCCAGCACCUGGAUAUUUUCUGUCUUAAAAAGAGGUGCUGAGUGGAGCAGCACCUCCUUCCCCCAAAGUGUGAUUCUAUCUUCCUCCCACACAGAAUAUAAUAGUGGGUUGUUUUAUUGUGUACCCUUUAAAAAUUGUUCUUAUCAGUAGAAACUCCAGAGUGUCUUGGUGAAUGAGGUGGGCAGGUGGACGGGUAUGCAUCUAGUUAAAAAGGGGGAACUUGAAGAAGAGUUUACAUAGCACUUUAUGUAAGACUGAGAACAUGACAGUUAACCAUAACAAGGAAAAUGAGGGAGGGGCUGGUGGAGAUCUUGGAAUGACUGAAGCCAUCCCAGCACCCUGGGAAUCAUCCCUGGCUCUCAGGCAGGAGUGAGUGUACCGACAGAAGUCUAAGGCUAUACUCAAGAAAUAUAGAGAAUGUAAUGUCUGUUGGAUAUAAAAUGGCACUGCUGAAUUUUCUUAAUGAAGAAGGUAGGUUUUGUGGCCGUGUGCUGUCUCCCCAUAGUGGCCAGGGGCACAUUAAUCCAACCUACAUAGUUUGAUUUAAGGGAGAAAUCUGUGGAUAUAACUUUUUUUGUUAGUGCCAAGCUCUGUGAUUCAUGCAGAGAUUGGUCAUGUCAUGACCUGGUAAGACCUCUACAGUUCAGGUGCAAAGGUGUUCCAGCAUCUUUUUUUAAUGACAUGUUGCCUACCUUUCUACCUAUGAUUUAAAAUAAUUUAUAUAUGCAGCCUUAUUUACAUUUUAAACAUCUCUGUGAAGUUAUGCCAUUUUACAGAGAUGAAAACAGUCAUGGAGUUGAGUGACUUGCCUAUCACAUGACUAAGCCAGGACUAAAAUUCCAUAGUUUCAGACUUUUCUCCCUUGGGUUAUAAUCUGUUUUUUCCUUUGUAGACCCAAAUAAUCAGUCUUAGACCCAUGUUUAUGAAACAGUUUGCCAUGAAUGUUUAUCAUCUGUCUUGGGCAUGCUUUGCUAUAUAGUUUGAAUACUUUCAACAGCACUCACUCAAGAAUGCAACAUCUACCUGUAAUAAAUGGGAAGAUAAAAUUAGUUGACUGUGAGAAUAGAAAUUUAAGCACACAAAUACUUUCCAAUACAGGGUGACAAAUUGUGCUCCUCAUUUUAAGGUGCUGAAUGUGCAUGCAAAAUUAUUAAUCAAUUUAUUCUGCUUGUUUUUUUGUAUUAACCAAUACCAGAGGCUUGCCAUGGAAUCAAGUGUAUUUUAAAUCUUAAAUUUUAAUAUAUUAUACAAUGUUAUAAAUUAAGACAAAUCUGUUGCCUUUUGAGAAAAGAUGUAGUUUCAAAAUCAGAUUUUGUGAUCAGUUUUGAAAAAAAAAUGAAAGCAGGACAUACUUUGAGAAUAAUCAUGAACUCACAUGUUUGAUCUGAUCAAAAGUAUAACUGAAGCUGAGUUUCAUGGUUUUUAUUUCUGGGUCUGGCUACACAAAUUCUCUGAACUCUGCUAUUAUGUGUGUUCCACAAUGGGCAGAAGUCAAGACAUUAUCCACUUGCAUGAGGACCAUUCAUAAAAAAGUAAGUUUUACUUAUGAGUUUAGGGGAAUUUCACAUUGUUUCUCGGAUGCAAUAUUUUAAAGGAAAAACUUAAUUUGUAUCAAAACUCUGUUUCACUUGUUGGUAAGACUUGAUCAGAAGAGGAAAUUAGUAGCUGUUUACAUGUUUCCAAAUAUGGAGGAGGCAGAAUAUAAUUUUUACUGAGUGGUAGGUGGUUGGAAAAUAGGCCACAUUUAGCCUUGAGUUUUUUAGAAAUCAAUUUUAGUUACAGAUUUCAGAUAAUACUGUUUUUCUGGGCUGUGAAAUAGGCUCCAAGCAAGCUAGUUCUUGCAGCCAAAUGACCCAAAACUGAAGUAAAGCUUAAUCUGCUGUGCUUGUGGUUGGCAUACUUUGUUAAAUAAAGCUCAACACCUAGAACAGUAAUUAUUCUAGUUAAGAAUCUCAGAUAGUUUAAUCUGACAUAGCUCUGCAUUUCCGGAUUAGAGAUGCUAUGCACAUAGCUAUAUAUCAUUCUCCCUUGGCCUAGAAAGUUCUGAUGCUGCUGAGUUAUCCCUGAAGCCACUUGGAGUUGAGAAAGCCAGUGUUGCAACAAAGGAGCUAGACUGGUUCAGUCUUCGCUGAUGUGCUGGGUGCUUCACUUGGGCUCCAGGUGAAGGUCCCUGGUGAUGCAUGAUUCAUUUUAGGUCUUUGCUUUCUUUGGUUUUCAUUACUGUGGUUCCAAGCCACAGUUUCCUACCCCCACUUCCUGAGGUGUGAAAGUCUCCACAUUAGAAGCUAUAUGCAGUGUCCUGUGUCUUGUGAAUCUUACCUGAGCUGAGGGCAGAGUGGCUUACGCAGCUGUGGAUGCAAUCUGGUUGAGACAUAGUUUAGAUGGGUCAUGGGUUGUGGGAUGGUGGCGGGGAUAAUUUGCUCUUGUUGGCUGCUUUCUUUGCUGAUGCUUGAGCUGCCAAUUUUACUUGUCAGUAUUUCCUUAUCUCUUAUUCCUCUUAGCAGAAUUGCUCUUGCAGGCAAUAGUCAGUGGAGUUCCUAAUCCAUCAGAAAACUACAAUAGAGGGGCUGAGGUUGGGGCUCACUGGUAGAGCACUCGCCUAGCA